CCCUAUCAGCCACCUUAAAAGAAAGAUCUAAAUUCUUUCAAUCCUGUUUUGGGAAUAAUUAGGCUUUAAAAGAGGAAGUAAGUAGAGCAUAAAAGGAUUAGCCAAGAUUCUGGUCAAAACAUUUCUGACUGACUCCAAGUGCGCGCUUGCUAUAUCCCUCAAUAUGGCAUUAGGAAUUCGAUUAUUUCUUUGUUGUUUAGUGGGUUUCUUUGUCAAAUCUUCAAGUUUUUCGACAGGGAAUAGUAAUUUUACCAAGAUAGAGUGGAGCUGGGCUCCAGAGAAAGAGAGCGCAAACGUCAACCAAGACCCCGAACCCGGCGACGUUAUCUACGAAGAACUCACAACUAUCGAUACAAAUAUGAACUGUUCCGAACAAAUUGACCAAAUUCUCCAAAGUAUUCCAUCUAUUGAUUUAAAAGAGAGCUAUGAUACUGUUUAUUCCAAUGGAAAAAUAUUUCUAACGGUUGUCAAGGUUACGAAGAUCCCGGAUGAAUACAAAAGUAGUGGUGAUGACCUGAAGAAAAGAGUAGUUGUGGAUCAUAGUAUAGAAAAAAGAAAAAAAUUUUCAAGAGUUCAAGCAAGUCAAAUCUUUGGCGCAGAUAACAGAGCAAGGGUGAGUCCAGUAAGUGCACAGUUAAGUCCCCAAUCAUCAACGGCCCUCAUCUCUUGUGGUCGCUUUUGUUCCUGGAGUUGCACAGGAACCCUCGUAGGUCCACGCCACGUCCUCACAGCAGCGCACUGCAUCAAUAAGGAACCUGUCAAAAGCAUUAGGGUCGGGUUUCUCCAAAGAAGUAAUGAUAUGAACUGGUACACCGUGGACAGCUAUAAUAUCCCUCAUGUAUGGAGACCAAAACGAUCGACUGAGCGGAAGUCAAAUGUUGAUUAUGACUAUGCACUCAUAAAGCUUUCAAGAUCUCCUGGAAAAAGAAGCAUCGAAAUGCGUUCCGUUCCUCUUAACCGAAGAACAAGUCUCUCAUUUUCAGCUUUUAAUGCAAGAAACAAGAUGUACAAGUCCACUUGUAAACCUCUUUUCCCAGUAAACUCUCGCAUCAUUACUCAGUGUGACGCAGUUCAAGGAAACUCAGGCGCAGGAAUACUCGUCCAUCAUGCAAGGCAUGGUUACCAAGUUGUUGGAGUUCUUUCUGCAGCUCAAAAACUAUCAGUUUAUAGAGGCCGCUCUCGUUAUUACAUGGUAGCGUCGUAUUUGAAUAGGAAAAAAAUAUCUCAAAUCAAUCGAUGGAUGACGAGAUCUUGAUGUACGAUCUUGACUACAGCUACUUCAAAACUGGCAAGAAAUGCUCGUUGCAUGUUGCAUAACAAGCUCGAACUGCACUAACGGCAGCGAAAAGUCGCAACGAUAUGAAAUUUUUCUGAACGUUGUCUGCACCUUUUCCUGCAAAAAUCUUCUCUGCUGAAAUUACUUACAUCUGAAUAUUUAACCAAUUGACAUCAGAUUUUUAUGUGUCUGUCCUCUUAUUGACAAUAAAUUGGAUCCGCAUACUAC